AUGAAGGCCAAAACGCAUCAGAUUUCCUGGCAUUAUGAACAGGAUGCGCCCAAGCCUGUCUUUGCGGUUGAUUUUCACGCUGAGCAAGGCCCUGGAGUUUAUCGGUUGGCCACGGCCGGCGGUGAUCGCACCGUGAAAAUCUGGCGAGUAACCGCGACGCCCGAUGGUGAUACUCACGUCACUUUCCUUGCUGAACUGCGCCACCAAUCCACUGUCAACUGCGUGCGCUUCGCACCUCACGGUUACACUCUGGCCUCGGCCGAUGAUGACGGCCUGGUGCUCGUGUGGACCUGCGAUGAGCCUGCACCUCUUACUGAAAAUGGCACGGUACCCCCACCCUUGGAUGCGUCAGCGGGCUCUUCAAACGUCGCUUCGGGCUCUGGCGCAGCUCCAUCGGGGCCCACCUCGGCCUUGGGGUCAAAACAGUCGCCGGCAGGGCUUGCGCCCUCUGCUACGAGUACCGGCACCGCGGUACCGACCAUAGCCGAGACCAACGCCACAUCCACACUUCUUGAUGGCGGGGAAGCCCCCGAGCAACUCGAGCAGUGGCGCACCACACUCCGGUUGAGGCGGCACGACCAAGAUGUCUACGAUCUGGCCUGGGCACCAGACGGGCGGUACCUCGUCUCGGGCUCUGUCGACAACUCGGCCAUCAUCUGGGAUGCGCAGGAUGGGCACGUGGUCUCGCAAAUGAAGGACCAUCGCUCCUACGUCCAGGGCGUGGCCUGGUCCCCGCGCGGAGACAAGCUGUUCACACAGAGUGCCGAUCGUUCCCUGAAGGUGUUUAAAGCCCGCACCACCAAAAAGGGGACGCUGCAGGUUCAACAAGAAUGCACCCUUUCCACUCUGGCGACGCCCAACAAGCGCUCAGAUGACACAGACAACGUGACGAAGACGCCGACAGAAGGUGAUGAGCCACCGGUGGAAUCCUCCGCUGCCAAUGCACCACGCCUCUUUGUGGAUGUCACCAAGACCACGUUUUUCCGGCGCGGCCACUUCUCCCCAGACGGCACCCUUAUCCUAGCAACAGCCGGUCAAAGCGUUGUUCACACUGGCAAGUUGGCUCCCGUCGAGCGGCGCUGGCCGGUCCUCGAGUACCCCACAGAUGAAACGGCCGUGGUUGCCCGCUUCUCUCCAUGCGUCUAUGCGCAACGAACACACGGUGUGACUGCCAUGUUCACGGGGCUGCAACAUCGCCUGGUGUGGGCCAUUGCCAGCAAAGAGACGGUAUUUUUCUACGACAGUCAGCAGCAACAACCCUUUGCUGCCGUGCUCAACUUGCACCUGGCUCCCAUCUCAGACGUGGCUUGGAGUCAUGAUGGACGUUUGUUAGUCGUCGCGUCUGAGGACGGGUUUUGCUCUAUCGUGGGGUUCAAAGCAAAUGAUCUGGGCGAGAAAGUGGCGCUGGAGAUGCCCGUCCCGAGCUCGCCCGUGGCAACCCAGCCACCACCCACCACCCAGCCUAACCACAAGAUUGUGCCAUUGGACUGUGAGCGCGGUCCUGAGCCUGCAAAGACGGGGAAUAUCGAGGGGCCAUCCACCAGCGAAGAAUCGACAAUCGACAAAGACAAAGCCAAUGCCAAGGGCCGCGCCAUUAUGAAACGUAUCGUUCCGCAAGUACUCGUGACCGAACCCACCACCAGUCAGGGAGCCUCCACCCCGGCCACUACCACGACCAACACAAAGGCCGAAGCAAGUGCGAGUGGUAACCCAGGCGCCAAAAAACCACGUCGCAUUGUACCCAUGACCACGACCACGACCACUGCCAAACCUCUUUCCUAG